AUGAUUGAAAUUGACCAUACAAGCCGUUCCGACUCCAGCUACGAUACUGUGGCCUCAGAAAUGCUCGUUGACAACCGGAAGGCGCUCAUCAACGACGCCCAGAGUGUCAGCUCCUCAAAGUACGACCAGUCGGUCCAUGCUCUACACACACACAGAAAGACUCUAUCCAGUGCAACGACCUUUUUUGAUAACCCAUACCUGCGCUCCAGGUCUUCGAUGCGCUCCAGCAAACACGUCACGCUGACGUCUACGUGGGGAGUAGACAGUUCACAGAACGUUCGCAAUAGCCAGCUGCUCCAGCAGCUCAUGGAGGGCUAUGAGAGUGCUGCGUCGAACCACACUCGAGAAAAGUCGAGUGCACCCUCCCAGGACGCCGUGGCCCCGUUCGAGCCGUCCAGACAGCCGUCUUUGCGCCGCCAGCUGACCACCCGAUCAGUCAAGUCCACGGGCACUCUUAGGAGAUCUAACGCUGUCAGACGCAAGGUCGGGUGGCUGACAGCGCUCAGACAGCUGAUUCGCAAAUGCAAGAGACGCGCCGCCCAGAAAUGGCGGAGCAUCCGUCAACGGCGAGUGUUUGGCGGCCGCAAGAAGCACACGAAAACCUGGUCACUCACGAUCUCGUUGCCACUAACACAUCCAGAGGCUCCGCAACUGAGCCGCACACAAACUGUCCAGAAACUGUCCCGUCCAUCCAGCAUCUCCGGCUCGCAAAGAAAAGCUGCAAUGGACAGGCUUAUCAGAAAAAGCCAGGAGAACCUGAUCGACCCGGGCCACGAGGACCUGAUCGCGCUGUGGACGAGCUAUCUCCGGUCGACCGUCGCCAAGCGCAUCCAGCUCAAGCUCAACAUUACACAGCUCGCAAAACCAGCCGCCACGCACGCACGCAAGGAAAGCCUGCUCGACUCGAUCCUGUCCGAUUACGUCAGCACAGACGAUAGCGACGCCAACAGCAUGGCUUCUGAGUGGAGCUCGAUUUCGACGGCCGAGUCCUCGGCGAUGGACGUGCGCGAGAUGGUCGACUAUAUGGGGCGCAAGGACAGCAUAUUCAGCAGUGAGUCGACGACGCCGAUCAUAGUGAGGCAAAGCAGCGUUGCGUUUUCAUUUGCUCCCUCGGUGUUGAGUAAACCCGAAUUUUCGGGCCGAGGCGAAAUUUUUAGUACUUAA